GUAACAUCUUAUCCUAGCUAUCUUUGUUAUGUACGGGGAAUGGUUUAACCUAGCUAUUGAUAGUGCUUUGCACUUGGUUCUCUUAACAUCCUUACUGUACAGAGUCCGACAGCGAUAUAUAUUGUUUCACCUUCUUCUGGCAAAUUACCUUAUUGUAAGUCGCUUUGUAUAAAAGUGUCUGCUAAAUGCCCUAAAUGUAAAUGUAAGGGAUUCAUGGGAUUCAUCUAGGAUGUGUUAUUUUCCUUGCUGAGCCAUCAGAAUAAAUUGAUUUUGUGACUUUCUAACGCAACGUUAAAAUGUUUAGUUUCUGAAGCUUUUCAACCUAGCUAUUCAACCAAGUUCUCUUUUGUGGUUUGCGAUGAAAAGGAGACCUUGUGGGUGGGGAAAUUAAACCAUAAUUCAAAGGAGAGAGAGCUAUGGUUCCUUUUGUUGUGUGUGGGUGGCUGAGCACCUUCACGUCCAGGGACAAAUGUUGGAGCUCUGAUUAAGGCUAACCUAUUCUCAAUGUUAAACAGAUUAAGAUGUACAUGCUAAUACUGCUACCACCUUCUACCUCUGACAAACAACACAGCACCUUAACCAAUUAGAAAAACUGUACCCAUCUCUGUCUGUAUACAUUACUGAUAGGACAAUGUAAUAUGCUAAUACUUUGGAUUUAAUUUCAUAUUUCCAUUAAUUGUGUCUCGACUACGAUUCUCUUUGCAUCCCAAUCAACAAGUCAACAAAUAAAAUAUAAAUAUAAUUAUAAUAAACCUGUAUCUGUAUCUUUAGCAGGUUGGUAGUGGUCAAUGGUAUUUGGACUGUAUUUAUACACCGCUUUUCUAACCAUAACUAAAAGUGUUUUACAAUAUUGAACAACAUUCUUGGAGGGUGUUCUCCUGACAGCCAGCUCGUCAGGAGCAGUCAGGGUGAGGUGUCUGGCUCAGGGACACCUCGAUACUCUGCUAGGAGAAGCCAGGGUUCAAACUAGCAGCCUUCUGGUUACCGGCUAACCCUCUCUACCUCCUGAACCACGUGACGCCAAAUAACAAUAAGGCUGUCCAAACAUCUCAUUUGGCCAGAUGAUGAUUGGAUGGCCUGUCUGUCUGUAUGUCUGUCUGCCUGUCCGGCAAUUCACGCAUUCUGCCUGUGAACUCAAUUCGCAUGAACAGAGUCUAAGGCUAAGCAGACCUAUUGUUGAAGCUUGCGAGCUAGUGGCUUGUUUUGGGGGAUCGGCUUUAAGCGAGGCCUGAAGGGAGGGCUGGGAUUUAUUCUGUGGGUUACUCUCAAAAUAUAGCUUUUUCUGGUUGGUUUCUCUGAAUUGCCCACCCUAGCUAUAAAGUGAAAUAACACACUAUAUACAGAUCAUUUAACUUUUUACCGGUUGUAUGUUUAAUAUUUGUGCAGUAUUGCAAUUAUAUCUAUUAACGUAUCUCAUCUCUCUCGCUCUCUCUUGCUCUCUUUCUCUCUCACUUAUCUCUCCAUCUAUCUGUCCAUCGAUGUCUCUCUCGUGCUCUCUCUCUCUCACUUAUCUCUCCAUCUAUCUGUCCAUCGAUGUCUCUCUCGUGCUCUCUCUCUCUCACUUAUCUCUCCAUCUAUCUGUCCAUCGAUGUCUCUCUCGUGCUCUCUCUCUCUCACUUAUCUCUCCAUCUAUCUGUCCAUCGAUGUCUCUCUCGUGCUCUCUCUCUCUCACUUAUCUCUCCAUCUAUCUGUCCAUUGAUGUCUCUCUCGUGCUCUCUCUCUCUCACUUAUCUCUCCAUCUAUCUGUCCAUCGAUGUCUCUCUCGUGCUCUCUCUCUCUCACUUAUCUCUCCAUCUAUCUGUCCAUCGAUGUCUCUCUCGUGCUCUCUCUCAGCAAUACCUGCGGCCGGUGGAGGACGUGGCGUCUGCGCAGGAGGACUGCUACAAGUUCGCUGUGUCCCAGUCCAGCACGGGCACCGUGAUGGGAGCCGUGAUCAUGGAGGGCUUCUACGUGGUCUUCGACCGCCAGAAUAAACGCAUCGGCUUCGCUGUCAGCACCUGCCACGUCCACGACGAUUUACGCACGGCGUCGGUGGAAGGCCCCUACCACGGCGUGGAGCUGGAGGACUGCGGCUACAACAUCCCCCAGACGGAUGAGUCCACGCUCAUGACCAUCGCCUACAUCAUGGCCGGCAUCUGCGCGCUCUUCAUGCUGCCCCUGUGUCUCAUGGUGUGCCAGUGGCGCUUCGCCCGCUGCAUCAACCCCAACGGGGACUUUGCCGACGACAUCUCCCUCCUGAAGUGAGAGAGACGGAGGGGUAGUUUGGGGUUGGGGGUCAGAGGUCAGACCCAGGAGUCCCGCUGAUGAGAUGAUAGAGGCUGGUCUGGGAUUGGGUUUAAAGGUGUGGACUGUUGUUGCUACCGUUCGGAGAGAGCUCCUUUUUCUUUGUUUUCUGCUUUUGCUUGACACACUCUGCAGGAAUAUGGCGUGUGUUGCAGCAUUCCGGAAGGCGUACAGAAUAUUAAACCAGCUUUUAAAAUGAUUUGGAGAACAACCAAUAAUCAACGUCACGAGCUACAGAUGUCAUUGAGAGUGCGCUUUACUAAUGUUGUCGACAAAGACUCACUUUAUUUUCCGCACAGAAUAUUAUGUUAUUUUAUUUUAUUAAAUAGUGUUCAAAUUGACCCAGGUUUGGGGGUGGAAGGAUUCAAUGGGCUUUUUUUGGACAAACUUAAGGGUUAAGUCAAACAUGACUUUAUGGAGGGAACUCAUGACUUGAAGUUGCUCUCAGGUGUCUUUAUGUUGUGUUGGCGGGGUGGGGGGGUUAUUGAAAAGAUCAUGUGUGUAAGGUGUCUGUAUGUAUUUAAGAGUGUGACGGAGGAGGAGGUGGACGCCCGUGGAGCAUGCCUGUAUGUGUGAACCACUGUCAUUUAAAUGCAGAAUAUACGCAGAGAAUCCGUGAGGAUGCUUAUCACAGAGUAUAGAUAAACAUCAACUCUGCAGCUAAUUAGGUAAAUGUGUCAUUCUAACAGCAUUUUUGAUCAGUUCAGUUUUAUCUCGUAUGAAGCAGAACCAAUUGAUUGCAAAUAAGAUUCUGUCACCUCUUCUUAUAUUGAUAGCUUAAGUGUAUUGUACAAAGCGUCUGUCGUGCAUUUCCUAUCCAUAUCUUACAAUUGUGCGCACACAUACACAUGCAUUCACUGACCUGUUCAAACACACCUCGCUUUAACCUUGUUCGAACUGCGCCAUCUUUGAACACAUAACGUGGGUAAACCAAAACUUAACAGGGCUCCAUCUACAGACUCAGAAACAGUCAAAUUUACUGACUUCAGUGGGGACCAUCUUUUUACCCAAGUAAACCUGCCCAAAAUAUGCUAACACAAAAUAAUACAAUAUACAAAUAUCAGAAAAUAUGUCUUCAGCAGUUUCUACUACUGUCUAUAAUACUGUCUAUGAGCUACUUAAAAUAGAUUAUCUCAGAACUAUGUACUACAGAACUGGCUGAUGUCAGCUGGCAACACCAUCGAAUCAAUAAAGUAUCUAUUGUAACUGUA